GCUCACUUAUUAAUGAUAUGGAGGGAGUACAUAAUAGUCUCAGUUUGCUUGAGAUAUUCUUGAAGUGCAAUAGACCAUACUAAGGAUUAGUCCGAGUGUUCGGUCUUUCCACUCCUCUCCUAGUUUCUGCCUUGUACAGUUGUACUCCUGUAACAGUACUUUAUAUAAAUAAGGGUUUUGAUUGACUGAUAGAAAAAGCUCAGAUCUUUGCUACCAUGUCUAAGUUUGCAAGAGAUGGCCAUGCAAGGACGAUCUAUUUAACAUCAGUGGUUCUAGUUCUACUUAACUUGUCAGAAAAUAUAAAAUAAACAUAAAAUAGGAAUAUUUUCUCCUACUGCAGCAAAUGGAAGUAUCUUGCACUAAGUGCUGACAUGGUUUAGCUAAUCUUUUGGUUGUAGUUCAGUCGGAGCUAACUUGUGUUUUGGAAGCCUUGGAGCAGCACCUCAUUAAGCACGAAUAUAAGCAUAUACAUGCUCAUUUGAAGUGCAUGACUUUUCCUAUGUGAAAUGCAACAUCCUCAUUCUUGUGUCAUGCUAUUCUCAGUGUGCAAUAAGUGUACAUCUAAGAUGGCAAUUGCCUGGUUAGGAGAGAAAGCUACUCCUUCCUUCUCUUCAAACACGUUGCGUGGAAGAACAAACCUCAGAGGGGUGAGGACCACCAGUGCCUGUCAUCUUAGCCAUUUCAAAUCCAUCGGAGCAAACAAAUAGAAAAGGGGUACUCAUCAUAGUUGCUACCCCAAGCAUGAUCAGCCCAACUAUCAUUUUAUAUAAAGAAUAGGGGCAAAUUAAUAUAAUAAUAAAACAAAAUUUCUUUUUUUUUAUCUACAGUAAAACAAAUACCUUAUGAAGAGUAUUUCAAGCAUACAGAAGUUAUACUAAAUAUGUCCAUUAUGUAAUCAGGUUGUCAGUACUAACUAUGAUACUUAUCCUUGAUAAACAAUUGUCCUCGGCUGCAAGGUUUUUCGAGAAGAACUUCAGCCGAAUUUUUUGACUACCAAUAGCAUUGUAUAAGAAGUUAACGUAGAAAUAAAAAUGUGAAUGAGUAAUAGCUUGGUUAUACGAGUGAGCUGUUAGCUGGUUGGCUGGUCCUGCAGGUGGGCGGCCCACCCGGAUUUGAACCUGGCACAGAGCAAGUGAGCGCCUCUUGUCGUGUAGGGGCGGCACAUGUCAUCCCCAACCAAGGGAGAAGAUUUCUUCUAAAGAAAUAAGAAAUGGGUCGGUUAAAUAAUGGAAUGUGCUCAAAAUCCAGCACCGAAAUGACGUAGUGUAUCAUUAAAGAAUACCUUACAUAUCACUAGGAACAAAUGCAUUAAAAGGCAAAUGAGAUCGUAAGUGUCCAUCUCGACUGUUCAUUGAAUCGUAAUCAAAUCUUUAUAAUCACUCCUAAUAAAGGCCGGAGCACGUCAAGGCUUCUAUAAAGAGGGUAGGAGCGGGUAGGCAUCUUCCAUCCGCACCAUGGGCUUCUCCUGGUGAUAAGACAAAGAGGAAUUGAUUAAGCUGGCGGACACAAUCCAAUUUCUUGGCUGGAGAAGACUUCGUAUACACCAUUGCUUCACAUUUGGGAGCUUUUGACUGGGAACAAAAGUUGAAGGCAAGACCUACCUUCCAGGAUACUCGGCCAUUGCAGAUUGUACCGUAAACUUGAAAGGCAAUUAGUUUUUAUAACACAUGGAAAACAAACCAAGUGAGCAUUUUAGUAACAGAAUCACAAUGAGACCCACAAAGGGACCUGCAUAUGAAAUGAUAAAGCAGACUAUGCUUGCACAGGAUGCUACAUUACGGAGCCAGGUCUCUCAACUUCGUCAUUUGUACAAGUUUCAGAAAUACCUAAUGGCAUUCCGAUCGCAAGGAAAAGAAAUAUAUGUACAUUCUCAAGGAAGAAAGGCCCAGAAAGUUGGGCCUCCUGUUGGACAGGGUAUGAAGAAACCAUCUGAACAUUUCAUGAAGGGAAAAAAUUUAGCGUGUGGUUCGAAUGGAGUGUCUUUGAGGCAUAGCAAUAGCGAGUCCACAAAAAGGAUGCUAGACACUGAUGCAUGUGCUGAUGAUAGUGAUGAUGAUAGUGAUGAUGAUGUGGUGAUGAUGUGGUUGCCAAGAAAUAAUGAUUCAGUUCUUGGUACAAAUGCAAAUCUUAAUAUUGAGGGCUCCUCGCACAUGAACAGGAAUGGGAUCACUGGUUUAGAGCCACCAGAUGUCUCAGCAGUAAAUGUUCUGAGUAAAGAAGUGGUAGGGUCAUCUAGUACUAUGAAAAGGAUAGACUUCCCAACUGUGGGUACAUCCAGUUCUCAGAACCAGUCUUACUCAUCGGGGAGAAUGAACCUGGAUCCCCCAAGCUUAGAAGACAACUUAGAAGAAAAGCAUGUUGGUGCAGCCUCUGGUUCAAAGUUCUUUGCUGCAAAUGAGGAAGCAUGGCGUAGCAAUUCAUACAGCCAUAAAAAAGAUGAUCGAAGCAAUGACAUACACAACAAAAGUGGUGUUGAUUCCUCAACCGCGCAUUACCUGUCCAGCUCUAGCAUCAUCAAUCCACAAAUAUUUGCAGCGUCCAGCUCGAAUGCUGCACUCAAGUAUCAGUGGCAAAGCAGCAGCACGGCGGCUAGCAGGCAGUAUGCUGACGCUGAAAUGCACUUUGCUCAGAAUGAUCGCCUUCCAGCUGUCCAAGAAUAUUGUGGCCUUCAUUCACCAGUGAUUCCUGGAGGUCAGUUUCAAAAGCACUCCCCAUUUUAUGAUUGUCCAAAGGAUGUGGAUCUGAACAAUGGUCCUCAAGAUACAAAUACCACUUUGGGACAAGCAAGUGAGAGUACACCAAUGGAAAUCUCAUGGGUCAGAAACAAGCUGUUAAACAUGAGGAAGGAAGUUUCCAUGAAGAAGUCACAAGUGGCAUUGAGCUGUGCGAAUGUGCAUUCCCAGAUUUUGCCUGGUUCCAUGGCUUAUUCAGAAGGCAGCAGAAGAAUAUUUGGUUGUACAGUUAGUGCAGCCACCAAGAGAGAUUCUGAGCCGUCAUCCACUGUACACAUGGGUACAGACAUCACAGCCUUGAUUAAGGGUAUAGCUAACAUGCAAAUACAAUCCCAAAAGAAUAAGGAUGACACCAAUGGCAGGGAUCUCAUGGACCUGAAUGUUGCUCUGCCAUUCAUGGAUGAUAUGGAGAUGGAUGUCCACCAGUCAGAAGGCAACAACAGUGUUCCUCAAAAACCAAAUGCUCGUUGCAUAGACCUGAAUGUUGCACUGCCAUUCAUGACUGAUAUGGAGAUAGAUACCCGCCAGUCAGGAGGCGACAGUGUUCCCCAAGCACCAGAUGAUCCUUCCAAUGAAGCUCUUGCUAUAACUGCUGCAGAGAAUCUUAUUGCCAUGCACAACGAUGAGUUUCAAGCAAGAUCACCUCAUGUUAAUGAUAUUCUGCAUUGGUUUGCUGACCUCACGAUAUCUGCAGGGGAGAACAUGGUGGUCUAUAAUACUGAAAGUAACAAUGGUGACGGCUCUGAAGCUUUGAAACUGCAGUUGUUUGAAGACUCUGUGUACAGCUCAGCGCUGUAUACCCAAGACCGUAAGAGCAAUGAAGACCAUGUCUCUGCUGCAGCUCCAACCUUCAAAGCUUCUGAUAAAGCCAAUUCAAGCACAGAGACACCUUCAGAAGAUGGACGUCCAGAAGGAAAUUAUUACGGUGGUGCCCUGAAGGCUAGACGACGUUCCUUCCGUAAAGCUUCCUAUAAAGCCAAUUCAAGCACAGCAACACCUCCAGAAGUCGCCCUGAAUGCUAGACGCCGCUCCUUGCGUAGCUUCAGAGGGAAAAAGUAGAAUUCCUAGCUGAUGGGAAUUAUGAAUAAAGCAGUUAUUCCAGUGAUGGAGCUGCAUAGAAAUUAAGGAACUGUAUCGUAA